ACAUAGGUAUGUAAUUUUUAUGAAUGCUUUGUUUUGUAUUGUAUAAUUUAGUUUUAUUUUUAUCUGUCUUCAUUUUAGACAUAGGAAGGCGACAGUCGUCUUGGCGUUGGUACUUUUCUUGGUGUUGUUCGCUUUACCAAAAUGGUUUGGUCCAGCGCCACAGUCGGUCAACGAAUGCACGAAGUUCGUCGAAGAUCACCUAUCGCUGUACGACCGGGGUUCGGACUACUCAAAUGCGGCCGUUUACGUGCUUUCGCGACACGACAAGUUCAAUGGCCCAUUCCUGGUGCCUUUUGUGGCCAAUGGCCACUUCUCGGUUGCCCUGGAGCCUUCCCACGACGACGUUUUGCACAUCAUCGAAAACCCACUGACCAUUCAUGCGACAAAAAUUCGACCCGUAGUGCAUGUGUCGCUGACCGGUGCUGAAGCGGAAGCCAGUGAAAUAGAAAACUGUUUAUUUUUAGCCGCCUAUAUCACCCAUUUUGCAAGUGGCCACGUUUCUGAGAUCCAGUAUUUUCGAAUUCAAGAGCGUUGUGUACUGGUCGAAAGCGAAUUCUACGCUCAUCGCCUGCGACCCAACAUCUUUGUGCAGCACGUCAUGCUCAGGAAUCCAACGAUGGUAGAAAUCAACUUUAAACUUCAGCGAAUGGAACAACCAAAGAUGAAGAACUUCGGCAGCAGCCUUCGAAUCCUCUGCGAACAGAUUACUGACUUUAGCAAGCCGUCAUCGUACUGUGCGGUUGUUGGAGCUUCUGACGAAGUCGUGAAACUAUCGCCCGGAAAGACUGACCAACGGACGUUUAUGUCGAUGGUCGUGCCGUUCGCUAUUAACGACAGUUCAGGAUUUGACAAACAGCUCACUUCUUUUGAGGAAAAGGCAAUUAUGCUUUACAACGAAGCAAGUCUGUUCAGUUAUGAAAGUCUGCAAAAGGAGCACGUCGAUCUCUGGCGGAAGACAUGGGAAAGUGGCUUUGAAAUCUCACGUUCACUGGCCCCUCAUGUAUUGAAUAGUGAUGUCAUCAAUGCCACUUUGUACGUCAUGAUCUCGCAUAGCCCGGUCUUGUUGCACAAGUCAGCAUCCUCAUCGGAUGACGUAUUUCCAUUCGAAUAUCAGCCGCAUCACUGUUACUCGGCUCACAACACAUUGUAAGU